CGUUUGUCAAUAAAACUAUUUGAUUGCUAGUAAUCCAACAUCACGACGAAUAUUAAUGUUACGAACAUUAAAUAAUCAUUUGUUUCCAAUGAAAACUUAUCAACAAUCAUUUAUUCUUAUUCGUUCAUCAAAUGGCAAAAUUUCAUAUUUAUCAAUUCGUCAUUUUGUCUAA